AAACACCUCACACUUUGCUUGUUAAUUUCAAUUUUUUGCGUGACAAUAUUUUACCCCCAAAAUUUCCAUCAUUCUUUUAGAUUUUCUUGAAACUCAAGAAAAAUAUAGACAACAACCAAACCCUAAUUCUCAGUGGAAACUUGUGAUAACUUUUCUUGAUUUGAUUUCUCUUAUUUCAAUGAGGUUGAUUCUUUCAUUAUUAGAUUAAAACCCCAAUUUCAAAAAUCAUGCCCAUCUCUCGGAUUCUUGCUUCUUCUCUCCGUAAUCGGUCUGGUGAUUGUGUGAAUUCUCUUCUUCGCAGGUUAGGUUCCUCCAGAAGAGUUCAAUGUCGUAACUACAGCGGAGCACCGAAAAACAAUAAGCGAAAGCUAGAUACUAAGCCUUUAGUAACUACUCAACAGCCACAGAACUCUCAUUCGUCUCCCCUGGCUAGAUUUAUUAUUCCCACGGGAUUACUGGCGAUUGUUGGAGCAGGCAUAUUUGUUCACUAUAACGAUGAGAAGCGAGUUGUAUUAAAAGGUCAAGGUACUGACAGAUUAAGUUGUGAAUGCAAAGGACCUACUGUUGGAGGCCCGUUUAAUCUGAUUGAUACUGAACAUAAUUCUGUAACUGACCGCAACUUUCGAGGAAACUGGGUACUCCUCUACUUCGGGUACACAUCUUCUCCUGAUGUUGGUCCAGAAGAAGUUGAGAAAAUGGCGAAGGCCAUCAAAAUAUUAGAAUCUGAACAGGAUCUGAAGAUUAUACCCACAUUUGUUACAAUUGAUCCCGAAAGGGAUUCCCCUCAUCAACUCAAGGCUUACCUCAAGGAGUUUGAUCCAAGAAUUGUUGGACUAACGGGAUCGAUUUGUUCCAUAAAAGAGAUGGCUCGAGAAUAUCGAAUUUUCUUCAAAAAGGUUGAGGAAGAUGGAGCAGAUUACCUCGUACAGACUUCCCAUAACAUGUACUUGUUGGAUCCAAGUUUGGAGAUUGCGAGAUGUUUUGGCUUAGAGUACACUGCUGAGCAACUGUCAGAAGAAAUACUCAAGUUGACAAAAUCCCGUCCAAGCAAAGCACCUGAAAAAGCACCUGACUCGUAGAUGAUAUUGCAACCUAUCUGACUUGGUAAGCAGAAUUCAGAUCCUCAAGCAUAACAGCAUGUUUUUCUCACGGUGUUGUUGUGAAAAAACCACUGUCAUAUGCCAUCAUCCAGCUUACUUUCAAUUUUGGUUACUAAGAUAGAUAAGAACUGACACACAUUUUGUCGUCCAAUAACAAUGAUUAACCCUCGAGUUCUAUUCGUAUGAGCAGUUGUGGAGACACAUGGCAUCUAAAUUUCGUUUUGUUCC